GCAAAAUAGAAGCAUCAUCUUACUCUAAGCUGCUUGACUUAGAAGGAAAUAUAUCUGAUAGUAUGAAUUUUAAACAACUAUCACAAGAAAAGCUGAAUGGAAAACAGAUCUGAGGAAUUUCAUUCCUUUGAACCUCCAAGUAAAACCCUAAGUAAGAUUAUGCAAACCUAAAAACCCUAUCCUGAUUAAGAGGGGAAAAAUGCACCCCUUUCUCCAAGUUCUUGUAGAUUUCUCCACAGCUGCUAGGGGAUGUGUUGGGUAAAGAAAGCUCUAACAAAUCAGCAUUCUUUUCCACAUGACCACAGCUAAUUGGCCCCCCUGCAGACCAAAUGACCAAUCACAUCAGCAUCAUAUGAAAACCAACCCCCCCACAUUAUAAACUGUGGAAUGAGACCUGAAAGCCCAUUUUGAACAAACAUCCUUCAAAACCGGUUGUCAAAGGGGGCUUCUUCCUUGCAUUGGGAUCACUGUACAGAGAAACGCCUGGUGUACUUAUAUCCAAGGCAUCUACCUUGCUCCCUUUCCCCGCCGGACAGACAAGAGCUACAAAGAUACUGCUUUACAUCAUCACUGGCCUGAGUAUGUUCAGCAGAAGAGGCUGUAUCCCAGAAGAUGAGGACGGAGGUGAUAGAAGGCAACAACACCAAACCUACUGCUCCUCUCCUGACUCAACGGUAUCCAAGAAUGGUCACUAAAGAUGGACAUAGCACACUUCAGAUGGAUGGCGCCCAAGGGAAAGGCCUUGCAUACCUAAAAGAUGCCUGGGGAAUACUAAUGGAUAUGCGAUGGAGAUGGAUGAUGCUGGUGUUUUCUGCAUCUUUUGUACUUCACUGGCUUGUUUUUGCAGUUCUCUGGUACCUGCUGGCUGAAAUGAAUGGGGAUCUAGAGAUUGAUCAUGAUUCCCCUCCUGAAAACCACACCAUAUGUGUAAAGUACAUCACUAGCUUUACAGCUGCUUUUUCCUUUUCACUGGAGACACAGCUUACUAUUGGUUAUGGCACAAUGUUCCCAAGUGGAGACUGUCCAAGCGCAAUUGCUCUACUUGCUAUACAAAUGGUACUGGGUCUGAUGCUGGAGGCAUUCAUCACAGGUGCAUUUGUAGCAAAAAUUGCUCGUCCAAAGAACCGAGCCCUCUCCAUCCGAUUCACCUAUUCCGCAGUAGUGACACACAGAGAAGGAAAGCCAUUUCUAAUGUUCCAAGUGGCUAAUACCCGCCCAAGCCCACUCACCAGUGUUCGGAUUUCUGCAGUUCUUUAUGAAGAACAAGAAAAUGGUCAGCUUCAUCAAACUAGUGUAGAUUUCCAUCUAGACAGCAUCACUUCUGAAGAGUGCCCAUUCUUUAUUUUCCCCCUGACUUACUACCAUUCUAUAACUCCAUCGAGCCCUCUAGCCAUUCUCUUACAGAGGGAGGCUCAUCGUCAUUUUGAGCUAGUAGUCUUCCUUUCAGCCACACAAGAAGGCACGGGAGAAACAUGCCAGAGGAGGACAUCCUAUCUUCCAUCUGAGAUCAUAUUACACCACCAUUUUGCCUCCAUGUUGGUCCGAGGAGCCAAAGGGGAAUAUCAGAUCAAGAUGGAGAAUUUUGACAAGACAAUCCCAGAACUUCCAGGAGCAGAUCCCAAAAGCUCAAAGAGGACUGACAUGGAGAUCCGCAUCAAUGGACAGCACAUUGACAGCUUCCAGAUUUGUGAGACUCGUCUGAUGGAAUAGACUUUAAAGUGGCAAAUGGUUUUUAAUUUUUUUUAAAGAAAAGAACUGGAUUAGACUUUUGUGCCUUCAUUUUUAUUCCUGUUUUCUUGUGCUCUUUUUGUUCUCUAUCGUUGACUUCAGAACAAUGUGCAGAAUAAAGAGCAUAAUAUGCAUGCAACUGGAUGAGCCGCUGGAUUAACGGCACAAAAACUGAGUCAGGGACAAGUAACACUGCACAAAUUCUGGAAAACAGAAGUGCUACCUGCUGAAUUCACUAGACUAUGAUUAAAGCUGCACUGAACCUGAAAAAAGAGACCUUCAGAACCAGACAGCUCAUAAAAAUCUAAUUAAAUGACAUGAGGGUAAAUACUGUAGCAAAAUGGACACAACUAUAGUAAAUUAUAUCAACUAAAAUAGAAACUUCUCUUGAAAACUCUAAGAUCACUCAGAUUCUUUGAAUCGGCUCUCUCUUGCUAUAAGGUUACAAGAGAAUAUGCUGAUGUCUAAACAUGCUAUGAAGAAUGUUGCUAGUAUUUUCUGUGGCAAUGAAAUUGCAAUCCUGCUGUGCUUGUUUAUUAAGGAAAAUCACAAGCAUUUGCUGAAGCUCUUUGUUCCAGCAGUUAAGAACAAGUUCAACAUCCUCCUUAGGCAGUUUUGGAAAAAAAGUAAAUGACAAUAUACUUAACAUGUAUUAGAAUGUCACAUUUUACUUUUGGACUAUUUUCAUAUUUAAAAUAUGCAUGGAUCCAACAAGUUCUACUCUCCUAUCAACAACUAUCAACACCUCAUGCUUCUGCCUUGUUGCAAGUCUGAGGUAGUCCUGUCAUCAGAAAGAUCCACUGCUUCAUGCAUUUAUUGCAGUUUCUUCUCAACCCAUGCAAUACAGAGAUAAACAGACUCUAUACAAUAAUUGUAUAAACAUUAAUUAUGAGACUUUGAGCAAAAGGCUCUAUGGCAAGUAUGAAUAAUAAUUAUUAUCAGAAAUAAGUGUGAUGGUUUAUUUGUUUUCAAUUAAAAUGAACAGUUUGUAAAUGG